AUGGAACCUUUGUCUCCAUUUCCAACCUCGUUUUCCCCGAAUGAAAUAAGCGAUUCAAAUGAUCCUUCGUCUUCGUCGUUAUCGGCAUCAGAUACAGACCUCAUUCAAGAUGCAUCUUUGGAAGAAGAGGAUAUUACUGCAAUCUCAGAUCAAAGUGCAUGUCAGGAUUUGGAGGCGGGUAGUCUUUUAUCCAAGGAUAUUGAUGUUAAUACCGGUGCACAUAUGCCCACCAUUCGGCUCAAAUUGGUUAAUAUUUUAAAGUCCUCCAACCAACCCUUGUUACGAGAAUCCCUGGGCAAAUGUAUCUCGGCGCUCAAAGUGUAG